GGCACGGUUUCGCUCUUACCAAGAGAUUCCCGCCAUUUCGAAACACAGAAAUGAGACCGAAAGGCACUCUCUGAAAAAUCUUCAUCGUCUUCUCGAUUCGUUAGCGUUUUCAGAUUAUUACUUCGGAUUUUUCGGAAUUCUUUAUUUUUUUUUUUCAAAUUUUGUUUUUGGUGAAGAAUUUAUUCUCUGAUUUAUUUUGAGAGACUGCUAUGGAGGAUGUAAAGCGAUGGAGCGUGACCUACACGAAGCACUUGAAGCAGAAGCGCAAGGUUUAUCAAGACGGUUUAUUGGACCUCCAUACCCCAACAAACAAGCUACUGCUGUACGAUGACUGCGAGAAACUCUUGGAAUGCAGGAUGUUGAAGAAAGACGAAGUGGUUAGCUGCGGCGAAACACUCACAUUCAAUGCUUACCUUGUUGAUGUUAAUGCCUCCGAGGGAGAUCAAAAACCUGCUACGCCUGCUUCGACUUCAUUUGCAAGAGAUUGUAAAAUAGUUGGGAAAAACAAAUUGCGACCGACUCUGAGUCCGUCUCAAAAGAUUAUAAGAGACUUUAAGAAGAGAGAAGUACGGAAGUAUGCCACAACGCCGACCGCAACUAGUCCUGAUUUUAUGGAAUCUAAUACAAGAGAAUGGGAGGUGUUGUACACGACACAAAUCACUCAAAAGGCUAAGAAGUAUCAUGAUGGUUUUUUACAACUUUCAACUCGAGGAUCCUUCGGGAGGCAGGUCAUGCUGUAUGAUGCAAGCAGGAAUCUCUUAGAUAGCAGGUUCCUUAAGAAUGAUGAGGUGAUAGAAUCUGGAGAAGCAAUAGCAUUGGAUGCUCAUCUAGUUGAAAUUGGAGAAAACCAGGGAGAUCAUAAAGUUUUUAAAGAAAAUAAUUGUAAUGUUAAUAAGGAAACAGGAACAGCGCCCGCAGAGCACCAUGGUUCUCAUGUCCAGAGACCUGUCGAAAAAGGGUUUAUUAAGAAUGAAUUCAACAAAUUUGGGGCAUCUCAUAGCAGUAGAGGUACAACAGGAUCUAGUACAAGAGAAUGGAAUGUCAUGUACACUACACAAUUAACUCAGAAGGCCAAGAAGUAUCAUGAUGGUUUCCUACAACUUGCAAAUUGUGGCUUGCGUGGGCGGCAGGUCAUGCUUUAUGAUUUAACCAGGAAACUCAUCGACAGCAGAUUCCUUAAAAAAGAAGAACUUAUAGAAUCUGGUGAAUCAUUGGCUUUUGCUACGCAUUUGGUUGACAUUGGAGAACCUGAAGUAAAAAAAGAACCUCCAGAUAAUUUGAAUGUUCAAGGAAAGUGUUUCAAUGUUCUUCAGAAAACAGGGAAAAUGCACAGGCAACAGGAGCAUCUUGCAGUCAAUAAUAUUGUUCUUAAAGGAAGACCUCAUACGAAUUCUUCUUCAGGGAAAGAUGUAGACUUAAAAAUUCUCUUUUCUAAUGCUAACAAGACAAAAGCAAAUGAGAAAGUCCCCAUAGACAAGCCUUUACGUGACGCCAGUCAAAUUUUAUCCAUUCUCCAAAAGCCUAGGGCUCAGAUAAGCAUGGUUGAGGAUGAUACUAAUGGCAGUACGACAAGAUCAGUUUCACCCACAAAGGAGCCUCCAGUAUCAGAUGUUGUGGAUUUGCAUUUCCCUGAAGAUGAUGGACCACCAAGUUCAUCAUUGGCUCAUCAGGAAUUAAGUGAAAAUGUGGACGCUAAAGAAUCAAGAGAAAACGUAGUUCUCAAGAGACCGCCUGAAGUUGCAUCUUCCAAAGCAUCAUCUAGUUGUAAGGACAGUCAAUUAGUCAUGGGCACCGAGUCUGGAAACUCCUACCAGCUUUAUUCAGACAACAUGGAAGCAGACACUAGCAGUGAUGAAGUAAAUGCUUCUAAUAGAGCAACUUCUGCUACCUGUGCUUCUUAUGGUGAUGAUGACAGGAAGAAAUCCGAGGAGCUUACAUGUGCAAGGGAAACAGUUGAAGGUCCAAGUUUUGAUCUUGGAUUUUAAAAUGAUUAUUGAUUACAAAUUUCCCUUGUGGAAUGUAAUCAAGCCACUGUCUACAUGCUAUUUUUGAAAACUGCAUGUGGAUGUUAUAUACCCGUCUCAAAAAUUAAAUGCCUAUUAUUGUACUAGCAAUUUGAUUAAUUUCUCUGGCCAUAUUCUUUUAAUUGUUGA